CUCGUCCUCACGUCAGCAUCCACGGUGCUCAUUAAGCAGACAUCCGGCUGAGCCAUUCAAGCAACACACGAGGGGAUUAUCACUUACUGGGAAUUCUACGUCUCCUGCACGGUGCUGCAGGCGGGCAGAUCUCAGGUCGGAGCUCCGUUAGCUCUUUGAGAGCGAGAACAGGACUUGACAAAAAAAUCAUCAGACAGGAGGGGAGGCGAGGAGGAGGCGAGGGGCUGAGCACAGCCCGCGUGUCUCUUUUUCUCCCAACACUGCAGCCUCAGUCGCCGUGUCCCAUUAAUGGAGGACUGUGGUGCAUGAGGAACAUCAUUCUGCUGCAGAUCACCACGUCCUGAAACCGUCCUACCAAAUCUCGGACCAUGUCUGGAUCCUACGAUGACUCAGCCAGCCUGGAGGAGACCACAGACAGCUUCUGGGAGGUUGGGAACUACAAACGGACAGUGAAGAGGAUUGACGAUGGCCACAGGCUCUGCAAUGACCUGAUGAACUGUAUCCAGGAGCGUGCCAAAGUCGAAAAAGCCUACGCGCAGCAACUGACUGACUGGUCCAAGAGAUGGAGACAUCUGGUAGAAAAAGGGCCUCAGUACGGCACAGUGGAACGAGCGUGGCUAGCAUUGAUGGCGGAGGCAGAGAAGACAAGUGAGCUUCAUCAGGAAGUGAGGAACAACCUGGUCAACGAGGACUUUGAGAAGGUGAAAAACUGGCAGAAAGACUCGUACCACAAACAGAUGAUGGGAGGAUUCAAGGAAGCCAAAGAAGCAGAGGACGGCUUCAAGAAGGCCCAGAAACCAUGGGCCAAAAAACUAAAAGAGCUCGAUGCUGCCAAGAAGUCGUACCAUGUGGCCUGCAAAGAGGAGAAGCUGGCAUCGAUCAGAGAGGCCAACAGUAAAGGAGAGUCUUCUGUCACAGCUGAGCAGCAGAAGAAACUCCAGGAAAAACUGGAUAAGUGCAAACAGGACUCACAGAAGGCUAAGGAGAAGUACGAGAAGGCUGUGGAUGAGCUGAGUAAGUCCACCCCACAGUACAUGGAAAACAUGGAGCAGGUGUUUGACCAGUGCCAGCAGUUUGAAGAGAAGAGGCUCGGUUUCCUCCAGGAGGUGAUGUUGGAUGUCAAACGCCACCUCAACCUCACAGAGAACAACAGUUACGCCACAAUAUACAGAGACCUUGAAUGCCUCAUUACAUCAGCCAGCCCGCAGGAAGAUCUGAAGUGGUUCAGUGACAAUCAUGGCCCCGGCAUGCACAUGAACUGGCCGCAGGUUGAGGAGUUCAAUCCAGAACUUUGUCAUAGCAUCUCGAAGAAAGAAAAGUCAAAGAAGGGCAACGAUGGAGUCACGCUCACUCACAUCACAACGGGAGUCGAUCAGGCCCAAACUGCAGAUCGAGGAAGCCUCAGCAGCUAUGAGAAGAACCAGGCGUACACGGCCUCCACAGAAUGGUCAGAUGAGGACCAGAUGACCCCCAACUCCGGCAAUGACACCAACGGAGGGACCAACCCCUUCGAAGAAGACACUGGAAAAGGGGUGAGAGUGAGAGCACUGUAUGACUAUGAAGGCCAGGAGCAGGACGAGCUCAGCUUCAGAGCAGGGGAUGAACUGACAAAGCUGGAGGAGGAGGACGAGCAGGGUUGGUGCAAAGGUCGCCUAGACAACGGCCAGCUGGGUCUCUACCCAGCCAAUUAUGUUGCACCGAUCUAACUAUUCCAGCAGAGGGUGCUCAUCUUGUCUUAAAGCAAACCCAGACUGAUUUAUCCUGCACGUUGCCAGAGACUUCAAAGCUUCGUCUUGUUGUCCAGCACAGUGAGCUGUCGGGACUUUUACAUCUUCUGGAUUUGGGAAUCACAUCUUCUCCAAACACAUGCACAAAUGUCUGCAACUGAAACAAAACAUUUUGAGCUUUUGCGUGUUUAUUGGCUUCAGUUGUGAUGCUGAUAUACCACAACAAUAUGUUUUUUCAUUGCAAAAUUUUUACAGUAUCAUCCACGGCGCCUGGAUAGCGGGAAUUGCCUAUGCACUGUGCAUUUCAUGUAUAUAUUUUAAUAUUUUCUUUUUAUACAGUCUGAUUCCUUGUA